CGUGAUACGAAUCUGACGUUCACACUGCAUAAAUAGACGUGUUCACAGUAGAGUAGUUAGAGAAUCAGUUGUUAAAAUAUCGGCCAAGCUUGUUUAUUAUCAUUUUAUACUAGCCUACUUGUACGAUAGUGAAUAACUGAAGUUAGAAAAAUAUGGCAGAUAAGAAGCAUGAAUUUCAAAUGGAAAUGACCUGUGAAGGUUGCGCUGGAGCAGCUCAAAGAGUUUUAGGAAAAUUAGAAGGUGUAAGUAAUGUGGAGACAAGUGUUGCUGAUCAACGAGUCCUGGUUACAUCUAACCUAUCAUCGGAUAUAUUGUUAGAAACAUUAAAAAAGACAGGAAAAGCCUGUUCUUAUAUUGGUACCAAGUGAAUCUCAUUUUAUUAUUUACCUACAUUUGGUGAUGCUGGUUACAUUAUUAACACUAUCUGUAUGUUAUUAAGUUUCUAUUUUACACAUGUAUUCACUGUCAAUUGUAAACUACUUUUUAAUUAUUUCUAAAAUUUACUUAGAAGCAACUCAUUAUAAAAUAUUUAGGAUGUGUUGUCACUUUCAUCUAUAAUAGAAAUGUCAUUUAAAUAUCCUAAUAAAAUAACUUGGAUUCACCUUCACAUCAACAUCUGAGUACUGCUUAGAACAGAUGAAUGAACAUCAACAUCCAUGAUGGAUACUUAAUCUUCUUUGUUCUAAAUUUAACCUAAUAAAAUUGAUAUUUUGUUAUAAAUCUGUUAAUGGGACUUGAGAUUUUGUGUCCAUAUAAAUAACUACAUAGAUAUGUUUAAUUCAUUCUCUAUUAUAGCUAAUAUGUUUCAUAUCAUCCUUAGAAUAAACAGAUUAGUAAAAAAACA